UCGAUAUGGUACUCACUCAAUCACCCGCACAUCGUCAACCUCUAUGGCGCGUGCCAUUUAGGUGGCAAGCCGUUCUUCGUCUGUGAACACGCCAGCUUGGGGAACCUUAAUACUUACCUGCGACGUCGUCGGCCAGGCAAAGACAAUGACAAAGUUGACGUUCCCGAAGCUUGGCGCAAACUUUACGAAGCUGCUCUCGGUCUCCAGUACUUACACCAGCGUGGAAUUGUCCACCAAGACCUCAAAUGUGAUAACAUUCUCGUGGGAACUGAUCGUCGCGCCAAAUUGACGGACUUUGGUCUCAGUACGAAUGUACUCGGGCGCAAUCCACGCAGAUUGACCGGGAGAAUAGGUAAACCCAUUGGUGCUGUGCGCUGGAAGGCUCCGGAGUUACUAAUUGCUGCCAAGGAAAACAAUUCUGGGAUUAUUCCAACAAUGGAAGCGGAUAUCUUCGCGUUUGGGAUGUGCAUCGUUCAGGUUGUGAGCGGGAAGUUCCCGUGGGGAAAAGCCUUUCUCGAUCCAGUCGUGUCGUAUAAAGUCAGACAUGGGGAGCUACCGAAAAUGCCCAAGGCAUUUACGCCGUUGCAGUGGAAAUUGGUGACGUACAUGUGCGCCUUUGAGCCUCAGCAGCGUCCGAGCAUUGGGACUGUAGUGAAAGCGCUGGGAAUAAUUGUCAGUGAAGAGGCCUUGGGCUCCACUCUUUUCAAUUAA